GUUACGCAUCCCACGUGCAAUAAAAAAUCAUCUUCGUGCGAUAGUGAAGUGUUGAAAUAAAUAAUUUCUAAAGUGUUUUAUGCUUAUCAAAUGGCCUGUUCUUCGCGUCAAUUUAUUUAUUGCGAAUAAUUUCCAAAGUGUUUUAUGCUUAUCAAAUGGCCUAUUCUUCGCGUCAAUUCAUCGUGCGGUUGUGUUACGUUCGCGCAAAAGUUGGUUUCGUAAAUACGAAUACCGUGCUGAUGAGUCGAUACUAUGAAUGCACUCAGUGAAAUAUAAUUCCAUUAUGAAAUUCAGGAUCAUCGAUUUCAUGCUGCGGACGGCGGUGCUGUGUUUGCUAUGCUCGAAAAUGGUGAUUACGACCAAAGAUCAUUCAUCCCAGUACUAUACGGCUUACGCGUGCGAUGGUAAAAUGCUAAAAAUCGAAUGCAAAGAAGGUUACGUUAUUAAUCUAAUACGUGCUAAUUACGGAAGGUAUUCAAUCACCGUUUGCAACGAUCACGGUAGUACCGAGUGGAGUGUGAAUUGUAUGUCGCACAAAUCAUUUUCCAUACUAUCGAGUCGUUGUUCGCAGAAACGCAACUGUAGCAUACAAGCUAGUACUAAUUUAUUCACCGAUCCUUGCCCUGGUACGGUGAAGUAUUUAGAAGCUCAUUAUGCUUGCGUAUCAGCUACUUCAACACCUUCGACGUCUCGACCAGCGCCACCUUGGAUGGCGACAUCGGCACCUAGUUGGUCAACCACCAAAUCCAUAUCCAUACAUCCAGAGAUAGUGCCACCCGCUACGCCAUCCGUAUCUACAUCGACAGCGGUCGUUUCGUCUACUAAACUAACACCUAAAGAACGCGAAUCCGAAGAUAACGAAUGGAACAACGUUAAUACGAAUCCGCCCAUUAUGGAAUCGUCUUCGGAGUCCGAAAUAAUAGUUCCUCGUAUCACUAGCAGUACCGAAACGCAGCUAAGCAGUAGCGAAAGCCCGAUGAUAAUGGAAACGGAAAAAGUACCUCUAUGUAAGCCAGUAGUUAUACGUAAUUUAUCGUGGAAUUGGACCCAAGGCGGCGACGUCUCCGUGUUACCAUGUCCGAACGGAGCAGCCGGUUUUGCCAAAUGGAGAUGCCAUAAGAUCAACGCCAACGAAGCUAAACGAACCCCCGAUACGCCCGAUUUAUCCGAAUGCCGAUCCGUUUGGCUGAGCAGUCUAGAGAAUCGUAUCAGCGAAGGCGAUUCGUUAGUCAAAGUCGCCGGCGAUCUGAGUCAAGUUACCGAAAGUAAAACGUUAUUCGGCGGCGAUAUGAUCCUUACGGCUAAAAUUAUCAGAGACAUGGCGCAAAAAAUGUCCAAAGAUGUAUCGACGUUUCCAGAUCGUCGCCAACGCGAAGCCGUAGUAUACGAUUUACUUCAGAAUAUCGCUCGCGUCGGUAGCAACUUACUAGACAUCUCGCAGCAGCAAUCGUGGAAAGAUUUACCAGCCAUCGAACAGAUGCGAAUAGCUACCAAUCUGCUCGUCGGUCUAGAAGAAAACUCGUUUCUACUCGCCGAUACGACUAAUCGCGGAAAAACCGUCAAUCAUUGUACGAAAAACAUGUUGCUUAGUAUUCAAGUACUGGAAGCUCGACUCGUCCUCGACAACGAAGUAUUCCCUAAAGACGAGGUGGUGGAAAAUUGUUCGUUGAGGAUCAACAACUGGUUACAGUUACCUAAAUCGUCGCUAUUGAAAAAUAGCGAAGGCAAUUUGGUGCGUUUAGUAUACGUAGCGUUCGAUACGCUCGAACAUAUACUCAAAGCUCCGUCGAACAGUAAAGAGCAGAAGAAAAUCAAUAGCAAAGUGCUUUCGGCUUCGUUAGGCAAAGGUCGUCACAUACAGCUCAACGAACCUGUCUUACUAUGCUUACAGCAUUUGAGCACCGAAAACGUAAGCAAUCCUACGUGCGUGUUCUGGGACUACACCCAGAGCAACUGGUCCGAAGAGGGUUGCACGUUGAUAGCGACCAACGAAACCCAUACCAUAUGUAGAUGUACUCAUUUAACCAAUUUCGCCAUCAUGGUCGACGUGAAACCGUCGCACGCUUCAGGCCACGCUAUUCCUAUAUCGUUGAUGGUAUUCCUAAUCUGCGUCGUACUGAUACUUUCAAUUAUCGCUAUCGUACUAGGCGUCAUGUGCGUACGUAACCACAACGCGCGCCGAGACUACGGUUCUACGUUCGUUCAGGAUAACGAAUGGUUCCUGAAAUGCUUCGGUUGCUGCCAAUCGAGCUCCGAAUCGGAGAAAACGCUCAACUGUAAAGAGCCCAGACCGGCGUUAUACGGUAAUCCGACCAUGAUGGAGAGUAUGACGUCCGUCGACAACGAAGCCAGACGUAUCGAACACAUAGAGAAUACGCUGCAGCAUCGUAACCGUAUACUAGCCAAUACUCUAGGAGUAGGAGGCACCAACAGCCUUCGUAGUCAUCAUCAUCACACCACCUACGGCGAACAUCGCGCUCGCAAAUUAUCCAAUACGCUGGGCACCAACAGCCCUCGCAACCAUACCUAUACGGAGCACCGUAACCGUAAGCUCUCCAAUACGCUGGGCUCGAAUAGUCCGCGAAGUCAUACCUAUAGCGAAAUCGCCGCCGGCAGCAGUCGAGGCGAUCCCGUAUACGAAGAGAUCGAACGCGAACGCGAACAUUGUAGUCAAAUAUCCGAUAUCAGCGACGACGACGCUAAACGCAACAGUGAUAUGAGUAGGCAGUCCUCAAAAAGCUACGGCGAUCAUCGACCCCUAAUACCUUACAAUCCGGUCACCGACAGGAAUUUCCACGCCGCCCUCGAUGCCGCGUACAGGCAGCAGCUCAAAGAACACAGCGCCCGGACCGUUUCCGUUCUAGACGGUCAAACGGUCAUUUGCCAUUUACAACAAAUGUUGUAGCUAUAGUGAAAUGUACCAGUAUGCCGUCUAUUCAACGUGAUCAUCCACGUUUAUCCGACAAGCUUUUUAAGGAUUAACCAGGUUUUACCUUCCUUUUGUUUUUUUUUAUGUAUGUAUAGUUUACGUAGUGUUUUUUUUCUGUGCUUUUUGUAAAGUAUCGUAUGUAUAUGUAUUUUUAUUGUUGAAUAUUGACAACCCGAUGUGACGGAAGCGGUUCGAAAUUCCAAUGUGUUUUUUUAGGGUUUGGUGAAAUUUACCAGUGAUUUUUUUCCUCCUUCGCUGAACUCGAAAAAACAAAAAAUUCGCUUCGAAAUUACGUCGAUGUACAUAGAAUUUUAUCGAUUUUUACUAGUCGAAAAUUGAAUUAUUCUUUCGGGUAGGUUUGGAUUGCCUUUAAGCCGUGGAAAAACAAUACAAGUCGAUUCUAUAGUACUUUUGCUAAUUGAGAAAUAAUAUUUCUCGAAGAUAAUUAUAUUUGCACUUUUGGAUGUUUACAUUACUCAUCUCUCUAGGUAUUUUGAAAUUACUCCAAGUUAUUAGAAUAAUCGAGUUGAUUUGAAGUGGAGUAGGGUGUGUGAAUAAGGAAAACCACCUCGACUUUGCGAUUGACUCAUUUUAUAGAUUUCUCCUCAAUUCAACCCAUGUUAUUGAUUCAGGCCCGGAUUUACAUCGGAAAGCAACAUAGGCACGUGCCUAGGGCGGUAAAUUUUGCCCCCCCUAAAAUAGCGACAUACAAACGUUUGCCCAGUCUAGGCACACAUUUUUACUUAACCACCAGACCUCGAGGAUUGGAAAUUGACUAGUGAGCAAUUUGCAUAAGUAUACGAUGUUUUUUAUUCUUGCCCAACUGGCUGCACUGCCUUUUUUUCAGCCUAUCUUUUGCUGAAGUUGUCAAAGUCUCGAUUUCGGUCAAAAAUAGUAAAAAAUCUCGUCUUUUGAAAAAAUUGCCAAAGUUUUUUUUUCGCAAAAAAAUUACCCAAAAUAAGAAAAUUGCUUUGUUGCCAAAAAUUAUCAGAAAGUAUAGUUUUUUUUAUUAACACAGAAAAUGUAUCACUACCUACCUAAUUAUGCAAUUCGUAUGAAUAGUUGACCAAUCGUUAGAUUUUUAUUAUUGUUUCUUUGUCUGCAUGUUCAAAAACUUGUUUUUUCAUAAAAAUUUUCACGUUUUGAUACCAAAAAAGUCUCACCUCUGUUUUUGAAAAAUUAUUUCAAAUGUUUCUCUUAUUUGACUGAAAUUGUCAAAAGUAUCACUAUUUUGCCAAUAGUGCCCAAAAAGUGCCCCGUUUUGAUGGCUCUGGCUCAAAAAUCGUCGAAAAUUCUCGCUUGUCAAAAAUUGAUGAAAAAAUGUUUGCUUUUUGGAAAAAUGGUAGAAAUUUUUCGUUUGCAAAAAGCUUGAAAAAAAUUUUACUUUUUUCCAAAAAUUGUCUCGAAGUCUCGUUUUUUUGGCAAAAAAUUGUCAAACAUUCUCGCUCGUCCAAAAAUUGACAAAAUUUUUUCCUUUUUGGAAAAAUGGUUGAAAUUUUUCAUUCGCAAAAAGCUUGAAAAAAAUUUUACUUUUUUCCAAAAAUUGUCUCGAAGUCUUGUUUUUUUGGCAAAAAAUUGUCAAACAUUCUCGCAUGUCCAAAAAUUGACAAAAUUUUUUCCUUUUUAGAAAAAUAUGAAGUUGAAAUUUUUCGUUCGCAAAAAACUUGAAAAAAAUUUUACUUUUUUCAAAAAUCUUCUCGAAACCUUGCUUUUUUGGCCAAAAAUUGUCAAAUAAGUAUUCUCGCUUGUCCAAAGAUUGACAAAAUUUUUUCCUUUUUAGAAAAAUGGUUGAAAUUUUUUGUUUGCAAAAAGCUUGAAAAAAAUUUUACUUUUUUCCAAAAACUGUCUCGAAAUCUCGUUUUUUUGGCAAAAAAUUGUCAAAAAUUCUCGUUUGUCCAAAAAUUGACAAAAUUUUUCGUUCGCAAAAAGCUUGAAAAAAUGUUUUCUUUUUUCCAAAAAUUGUCUCGAAGUCUCGUUUUUUUGGCAAAAAAUUGUCAAACAUUCUCACUUGUCCAAAAAUUGACAACAUUUUUUCCUUUUUAGAAAAAUAGUUAAAAUUUUUCGUUUGCAAAAAACUUGAAAAAAAUUUUACUUUUUUCCAAAAAUUGUCUCGAAGUCUCGUUUUUUUGGCAAAAAAUUAUCAAAUAUUCUCGUUUGUCCAAAAUUGACAAAAUUUUUUCCUUUUUAGAAAAAUAGUUGAAAUUUUUCGUUUGCGAAAAGCUUCAAAAAUCGUCUCGAAGUCUCGUUUUUUUGGCCAAAAAUUGUUAAAUAUUCUCCCUUCCUCAAAAAUUAUCAAAAAUUUACGCUUUUUAGAAAAAUGACAGGAGAUUGCCUUUUUUUUUUCAGAAAAUUACGAAGACCCAAUUUUUUCGCGAAGUUUAUCCAAAAAUUUCGCUUGUUUGACAGAAAUUGGGAAGAAGUAUAAUUUUUUGCCAAUAAUAAUUUACCAGGAAGUCCCACUUUUAGGUGGAAUUUUCAAAUUCUUGCUUUUUGCUAGAAAAUUCGCGAAAAUUUUCGCUUUUUGGGAACAUUUCUGAAAAAAAGUAUACUUUUUUCAAAAAAUUACCCAAAAGUCUCUGUUUCUUACCAAAACAACAAGGUUGCAAAAUCUACAAUAAUAAUUGCAAAAAAAUCUUGUUUUUGGCAACAAUUUUUAAAAAUUCCAACCUUUUUGAAAAGUUGACAAAAAUUUUCGCUUUUGUAAAAAAAGUGGCCGAUGAUUGCCUGUUUUCCCAGAAAAUUCCAUAAUGUCUCAUUUCUUCCCCAAAUUGUCGAGAAGUUGUGCUUUUUUCAUAAAAAUUACGAAAAGUCAUUUUUUUUUGCUGAAAUUGUCAAAAAUUCUCGCUUUUUUAGCUCAAUUUGUUAAAAAAUUUCACAAUUUUGAAAAUUUAACUUUUUUUUCAAAAAUUUCUAAAAAGUUUUACUGUUUGGCCAGAAAUUGGAUUUGUGUUCUGCUUUUUCAAAAAUAAAAAUGACUAAAAAUGUUGGUUUUUUUUGGAAAAAAUUCCAAAAAAGUCUUGAUUUUUGACUUACAGAAUAGUCAAUAAUUUCCGGAAAAUCACGUUUGUGUUUUUUUUUUCAUUUUUAUUACUUGCUAAUUAUCAAAAAUUUUCGCACUUUACAAAUUGAUAAAAUUUCUCGAGUUUGAUUAAAAUGGCUAUAAAUUGUAAUUUUUUGUGAAAACCAAAGAAUUGAAUUUUUUGUAAAAAUUGUCAAAAGUUUUUUUUUUUAGUCAGAAAUUCCAGAAGGCUUCUCCUUUUACUACAAUAGUUACAGUUUCACUUUUGGCCAAAAAUUGUCCCGUCCCCUCCCCCCUCCCCCCCAGAAAUUGCAAACAUUCUGCCAAAACGUCUUGUGGGAGGAGGGGGCAAAUUUCCGUCUGCCCAGGGGUGCGAAUAAAUUAAAUCCAGCCCUGCAGAUAUUUUUUGCCCUCCAUAAAAGGAAUUUCACUCAAUUUGGGAACAGGUCAAAGAAUCUCCGAGAAUCUAAUCUGAGUAAAAUAAUUUUACUCAAUUUCUAGCAGCUGAAAAUUUGAAUUUGGAGUUGAUAUUCUCAUGUAAUUUGUAGUCGAGUAGUUCACUCGUUGGGCAAAAAAAUGUUAGAAAUCACCUUUUUGUUUUCGAAAUGUUUUUAAUUUCAUUUCCAUUCGUGAGAAGAGGGAGGUGAUUUUCAUCGACGAAUACAUUUCUUAAUUUAUAGACUUCUUCAUUUUUUAAACAAAAAUUUUGAAAUUCCUGCCAAUUUUAAAAAAUACACGAGUUGAACAAUGUAUUGAAUUGAUCAACUCCGAUCGAAUUCAUUUGAUUUUAUUCGCAGCUUCACGUAUCAAAGUGACGUGAAAUAUGUUCCAAUUAAGAAUCAAGUCAUUGUUUAUUAUCACUAUACUUUCUAAUAUCUAAAAGAUAGGGAUGUUUGCAAUUCAGGUACAUAGGUACACCUAACAUGAAACCCAGAGUAAAAAUUAAAUUAACCUUUCAUCUCAAAGUUCAAAAUUCAUUUCGAUUUGCAGGUUUUAUUAGACUGUAAUGUAUAAUUUGUGAUACCUUAAUACCUAUUUACUCGUAUAUUGAUUUAAUUUCUACUUUUUUUUUUUUUUUUUUUUUUUUUUAAGAAAGAAAGUACAACGUUUUAGGAUCGGUAUAGCAUUUUCUAUACAUUCCUUUGGUGUUUAAAAAUUAGCAUAAUAAUUUUUUAUCGAUUGAGUUUCUAAAAGAUUUAAAAAAAUUAUGGCCAGACUCGAAUCGGUGGUGUUUCUAAAAUGCAAUGUAAUCAAAAUUACAUAAUGGCGUUUGUUUUUGUUCGUGACCUUACAUAAAAAUGAAAGAUACGCUAUGUAAACAAUUCAUUUCCAACACGUAUAGUGAGUCUGUUUCUCGAACAAAGACUUAUUCAGGGUAACUAAUUACUGCAUCAAGCUUAUAUAAAAAGCAAUUUUAUUAUAACUCUUCUUCUAUAUUUGGUGACGUGUAAUACCCGAUUCUCCUUCCUCUCAGUCUUUAUCCAACUAUACAUAAACAAAUUAAUUAAAACGUUUGAUCUGUUCAACGUGUUAUAUUAGCAUUAGCACCACUUGAAAAGGGCGCACGACUAGUUCAUAGAAAAAAGAUUAUAUUAUUCGAAAAUACCCGUGUAAUUUCUGCGGCACGGCGUGACGUUAAACGUCUCUCGACUCGAGUCGCGAACCUGGAAAGCAAUACUUUUUACACCCUUUGUACAUACAUACCACGUGAUAAUGGUGGUGGCUGGUGGACUGGACGUUUUUGAAAAUUUCAAAAUAAACCAAUAAAUCUCAAUGAAAACAUACCAAUUCUUACAGCCGCUUUGAUUCCUAUCUUGGACAAUACACGGCUUCCCCAAUACUCUUCAACAAUACGUCUAGGUACAUCAAUAGCCUCUCGGUAAUAUUAGGGGAAAUCAUUGUUUCGCAUCGUUCGCUUUUCACACAUAAUCCAUAAAGAUUGCAUAUGUGCAUUUUAUCCGUCCAUUCGAACGGUACGCUAUACAGGGUGUCCCAGGAGUGGUGGUAUAAACUUCACAUUUGGGUACAACCGGGUAAGACUAAUUUGAGGAAAAAGGUUAUGUGAUGGUGUGUGGCCUAUCUUGAAAAUUAAAGGGGCAAAAUAGUACCUACGUUUUCGAAAUCUAAGAGCUGAAAUCCAAUUUUGACUAUUUGGGGGGGGGGGUGAGGGGGCGAGCGGCAAUACUUUGAAAAAUGAGCAAAAUUACCUAUUGGGUCGUUCGACCUCAAUUCGACCAACGUUUUUGAGUCAUGUCCUUGGAUUUCGCUCAAUUUUUUUUUACAAUGUCAACGAACCCAAUGAGUAAGAAACCCCGAAAUUAGUUUGGUUCCAGCUCUCCCCAGGGGGGCGCGUGGGGGCUCCAGUUAUUUUCACAUUGUCUCGAGGUACUCAACUUGAGCAGAGCAUAACUCCAAACCUAUAAUACUUUGAUCAAAACUGAUUUCACAGUUCGAAAGGGCAUUGCAUUUUGAACUUUUCAAGCAUUUUGAAAUGUUCAAAAGUUGCAAGUUGAACUUUCAAAUUGAAAGUUGAAAUUUCAAAAUGGCGCUGUAAAUGGGAGCUAAUAUUUAAAAUUCUGAAAAAAUUUCCAUAGAUGUACCUUUGAUGUUUUUUUUGAAAUAUUGAAUUUUCGAGAUGGGAUCUUUUAAUGGAGGAGAGCACCCCCUCCCCCAAAUUUGGGCAAAACUUUUUUUAAAAAUCUGGGGCUUGUGAUAUAUCGAUUUGUAUGUUUUUGGGGACACUGAACACGAAUACGAUGUCAGAUUUUUGAUGUGACCCCAUCCACGACCCCCAGCACCUCCCCAAAGGGGGUAAAAGUCAAAAAAAUUGUUUCAUUCGUGUGACACAUGAAAUAGUAUGUUUUCGAUAUCGCUGAACACGAAUAUAGCCUUGGUUUUUCAAAUUGACCUCACCCAUGGCCCCCAGAACCUCCCCCAAUGGGUAUAAAAGUCAAAAAAAAUGUUUCAUCAGUGCUGGGGGCCGUGGAUGGGUUCCAAUAAAAAAUCUGACAUCAUAUUCGUGUUCAGCGUCACCAAAAACAUACUGUUUCAUGUGUCGCACGAACAAAUCACUUUUUCGAACUUUUACCACAUUUGGGGAGGUUCUGAGGGCCGUGAAUGGGGUCCAAUCAAAAAUCUGACGUCAUAUUUGUGUUUAGUGUCACCAAAAACAUGCAAAUCAAUAUAUCACAAGCCCCAGAUUUUUUUUGAAAGUUUUGCCCUAAUUUGGGGGGGAGGGGGUGCUUCUUCAUCGUUAAAGAUCCCAUCUUGAAAAUUAAAUAUUUCGAAAAAGCAUCAAAAGGUACAUUUAUGGAAAUUUUUUCAGAAUUUUAAAUUCUAGCUUCCACUUCCAGCGCCAUUUUGAAAUUUUUAAAAUACUUGAAAAGUUCAAAAUGCAAUGCCCUUUCGAACUGUGAAAUCAGUUUUGAUCAAAAUAUCAUAGCUUUGGAGUUAUACGCUGCUGAAGUUGAGUACCUCGAGACAAUGUGAAAAUAAUUGAAGCCCCCCCCCCCACCCGCCCUCUAAGAGGGCUGGGAUCAAACUGAUUGUUGGGUGGGUAGAUAUUGUAAAAAAAAAUUUGAGCGAAAUCGAAGGACGUGACUCAAAAACGUUGGUCGAAUUGAGAUGGAAUGACUCUACCACCUCUCCUCGGACACCAUGUAUAAGAACGAUGUUCGACAUGCUAAUAAAAAGGUUCCGCCGUAUUUAUCACUUCUUUUCUAAUUCUCUCAAUGGAACCGGAUUAUGUGAACAAGUAUCGUAAUAGGUAUAAAGAUGUCAUCGUUCCUGUUACAUUCUCGUGACUGGAAAUAUUUCGAGAGAAAAAGGUGUUUUUUUCAACUUUACUUUACUUUACCUUACCUUACGUCGUCAAGUCUGCGCGAAAAGCUUAUUCGGAAUGAGAAACUGGGUAUUUUUGGGAGUUAGGAAAAAUGGUAAUCUGGAAUGAAAUUUAGAAAUUUUUGUUUAGUUUAUGAAUUAGAUAAUUGUUGAGUUAACUCUCCCUUCUACACCAUCACUGACGAUAAAAUUAUCCUAGAUAUCCUAGAUACUUGAUAUUGAAUCAUUUUAAUUUUUUUAAUAGGAAAAUUCGAAAAAAAAUUCACAAAUAUUGAGAGCAUAUUUUUGAUAAAGGAAGGAGUAAUACCUGAAGAUUGUUUCCAAAUCUGUGUGUUCAUUUUUUUGACAGAAGGAGAAGUGAGAACCUGAGAGAUAUAAGGUGAAGGUCCCGCAGAAGUCUAAAAAAAAUUUACCCAAGUCUGCAAAAGGCCUGAUGUUUAAUCUGGAUGUUUCAUUAAUUCAUUUCAUAUGUUGGUCUCAAAGGGAAUAUUCCCAGGAAAGAUAGGCGAAAUGACCCUGUUCCUACAAUUGGAAAAAUAUAGAUUAUUGUUGGGCACCUCCAAAAAAAAAAAAUUUUGAGCGAAAUUUCCGCUUCCCACCCCCUCCCCGUUGGUCAGUAUAUCCAAAAAACGCGUUUUUGCAAGAAAAAUUCUGUAUCCAUGAGUAGUGGGGAGAAAAUUCUGGUACCGCGCAGAAUGUGUAGAGGAAGCCUGGGCCUUUCAACACGAUUUUUUCACAUUUUUUUAUCAUAGUGGUGGGGGUAAAAUUGACAAAAGAAAACUUUCCGCCACAGCUCCGGAUGGAAGGAUUGGUCACCAAAACUGUUUCCGCCAAAUGUGUCUUUUUACAAGUACUUUCUUCCUACCAAUCCAUAAAAUUAAAAUUUUGUCUGCAAUAGGCUCAUACAUGUUUGUAAAAAACCCUAAAAAAUCGCGUUUUUCGCGUUUCUUUUGCAAAAUUACAAAAAUUCCUGCUUUUGCUAAAGUUAUCAAAAAAGUCUUGUUUUUGUCAAAAUUAUAAAAAAAUCUUCAACUUUUGUCGAAAAAUGUCAAAAAAGCUGUUUUUGGUCAUAAUUGUCGAAAAAUACAUUUUCUUCUGAAUAACGUUAUCAAAAAAGGUCAUGAAGUAAUAUUUUUGGAAAAAUUAUUACCAAAAAAGCACCUUUUUUUUGCCAAAAUGUUCAAAAAAUCUUAUCGCCAGAAUAAUUUUCAAAAAAGUCUCAUUUUCGCCAAAAUUGAAAAAAAUUAUAAAAAAAUUCCAACUUUUGUCAAAAUUGCCAAAAAAAGUCCUGUUUUUUGCCAAAGUCGUUGAAAAAUAUCUUUUCUGGACGUUAUCAAGAAAGUCCUGAUAUUUUUUGCAGUAAUGAGAAAUGACCAAAAAAUUUUGUUACCAGCCUAAAUUUCAAAAUUUCCUGCUUUUGCUAAAAUUAUUACCUAUUCUAAGAUGUCCGUGUUAUGUUUUUUGCCAGAAUUGUCUGCAAAGUUCUGUUUUUGCAUAAACUGUCGAAAAAUCUCGUUUAAGUAUGUCUUAUUGUAAAGAAAGUUCCUUUUUUGGCAAAAUUAUAAAAAACUCCCAACUUUUGUAAAAAUUACCAAAAAAAAUCCUGCUUUUUGCCAAAAUGUUCAAAAAAUCAUGUCACUGCCUAAAUUGGCAAAAAUUCUUGCUUUUGCUAAAACUAUCCUAAAAAUUCCUGUUCUUUGCCAAAUCAUUGUCAAAAUUAAUUUUUUCGUAGUUAUAAAAAAAAACUGGUUUUCAGCCAAAAUAAAUAAAUUGUUGUAAAAAAAACAUCUGCUUUUAGCCAACUAUAGAUAAAAUACCCAACGUAUAUUUUUUUUCACAAUAUUUAGUAUGGGUGAAAGACCUUCAAAAAUGCUAAAAAAUUGAUUUUUCAAACGAUUUGUCCUUAUACAUACGUAGAUGGGUCAAUUUUGGUCGACAAUUUUUUUCCUCUCAUUGUCAAGCCUUUGGAUUCGGCUAGUUAAUUUUCUUAUGGUUUGUAAUUUCCAUUGAAAAAUAUAAAUUGUAUAAUUCAUCAUUCGGUUAUUUUUAGAAUCACUUUUUUUCAUCCACUUUCACGAGAUGUUGACCUGAUUUUUCUGUAAUCGCUGAUUUUGGGACAAUAAUCUGAUUUUGAACCAAUCCAUUUUAGAUGACAUUUCAGUACAAUUUUGGGAUUUUUUUCAAAGUUUUUGAAUUUUAGUAAGAUUUGUUGAACACAAUGUGUAUGGUACCUUUUGGAUUUGAAAAAGAGUUUGUUAAAAUUUUUCAAAAUCGAAAUUGAAAUCGAAAUUUGUAUUUUUUGCAAUUACUGAUUUUGAGUUAGAUUUCUGAACAAUUUUUGGGUAAUUUGCCCAUUCUUGGUAACUUUGUAAAUUUGACUCGCGAUAUUUUCAUUUAAAAGGACUUUUUUUUUACCAAGCAGCGAUGGAAACGUGUUUAAAUUGAGAAGACUGUGAGAAUAGUCUGAAUCGCUCUGAUCUCAAUUUGAAUUUUUUUUUGGUAUUUUUUUAUUCGCAGAUCUUGUGAUUACAAUCGUUGCUAACUUCAGUAGAUAAGCGUUUUGACAACCUUUUGAACACGUUUUCUAGGGUGAAAUUUGACGCUCAACAUUUUUGUUGCAUACAUUUUCCGCAUAUUUCGCAUAAUUUUGCAAGAAAAACGCGAAAAACGCCUAUUUUUCAGGGUUUUUUGCAAAUAUGAGCCUUUUGCAGACAAAAUUUCCAUUUUAUGGAUUGGUAGGAAGAAAGUACUUGUAAAAAGACACACAUUUGGCGAAAACAGUUUUGGUGUCGAAUCCUUCAAUCCGGAGCUGUGGCGGUUUAAAGUUUUCUUUUGUCAAUUUUUCCCCCACCACUACGAUAAAUUUUUUUGAAAAAAAUCGUUUUGAAAGGCCCAGGCUUCCCCUACACAUUCUACGUGGUACCAGAAUUCUCCCCCCCCCACCACUCAUGGAUACAGAAUUUUUCUCCUCAAAAAUGCGUUUUUGGCUAUACUGACCUAAAGGGGGGGGGGGUGUAAAUUGGGUUGGGGGCGGAAAUUCCCCUCGAAAAUUUUUAUCGGAGGUACCCAACAAUAAUCCAUCAUGAAAAGUAUGUGAAAUUGCAAAAAAAUUAUUUUCUGAUUAACCAAAAUAUUUCCACAUUCCAUUUCAAACUGAUUCUCAAAUGGUUCAGAAUAAUCGUAUGGAAAUUUAAUCUUCUUCAUAGCGAAAAACAUACUCGCACAAGUGGAUCGAAAUCGAAAAAUUGAAUCUUUUUUUCUCAUAUUGACAAAAGACGAAACGAAAACCGAUUCAAAUGCAGAAAUGACCUUUUUCCAGCUUUUAUUUAUUGGAAAAUGACGAUCGUAUUUGAUUGGUUAGGUUAGACAUGAUGGUGUUGUGCUCUCGUUGAAUAAUUUAAUGCUUAAAAUAGACAAGAAAUACAAAAGUUGAGGUUUCUUUUUUCACAGAAGCCAAAGGUGAACCUAUUUCUUGUAUACUUGGUUCAACCUUCUCGUUCUCCCUUGCGUGUUAUCUUUCUCCAUUGUGUUAGCAACAUUUUUAUUCGAAGAAUCAGUGUUUUACAAUAGCAGGAUUUACAGUAAAAGGUGACGAAGUGGUGCAUGUUGCGAAAUUCCUUUCUUCGUCGUCUCGUUUCUCUUUCUAUAUUCCUGCGAUAUGGUGGUGGUGAAAACAGUCGAGUUUGUCAACGCGAGACGAGGUGAAAGAAGGAAAAAAAGGGAGAGAAUUUAUUAAGAAAGUAGCAUUUCCAAACACACAGUUUAUUCGCGACGAAACGUACUUAUUCAUUUUUCUUCCUCUAUCUUUGUUUCAAAUCCCGAAAAAAUGAAUCAGGAAACGUUUUAAACCACGCUUUAGUAGUACAUUGGUAAGGUAUUAUCUGUAUCGAGUUGUGUGGGUUUUUCCAUCGUACAACUUCAUCUUCCAUUCAUCUCUUUUCUUCUACGUACUUGUAGCAUUUAGGAUUUAUUAUUUAAAACAAUACGUCGUUUUAAAUGUUAAGUAAAUCACUGCCAUUUUACUUUUCUUUUUUUUUCGAUAUUGGUUCGGGGUCGUGAGGUAUUCUUGACGAAAGCUCUUAGCUUAUAACGAUAGAGGUUUUUUAAAUGCAACCUUUUAUAAACAUCCACAGAUCGGAAGUUUUUUACAUCUGAAAUACUAAAGGGUUCUGGGUGUGGAAAAAAUCUUGUUAAAGGGGUAUUUUUUCAAGUAUAUUCUCGUUCUAUACCCUGCUGAUGCUGUUUUUCGAACGUUAACCUUGGUAUAUGUAUAUUUUUUUCUCGAUAUUUUGCGAAUUAUUUUGAGAAUUUGAUCUGAACGGUGGCGAGUACAUUUUCCCCUCGAGUUUACCUAUCUAUGUACGUUUCUUUUUGUAGUACAUAUUAUUAUUUUUUUUUUUUUGAAAAUGUAACGUUCGUCGUUUUUUUUUAGAACCGCUUCCUAGAUACAUAUCGUGUAUAUUUUGGGUUGGCUAAAGAUGUAUUAAAAUUAAUAAUGCUCUCUAUCGCGAAAACAUAUCAGAUUAAAAUCUCAAUUUCCACAUUCUCACAGCUGGUAGAGUGCUACUUUCAUGACAAUCUUAGAUGUAGGUAUUUGUGUUGAAUAGUGUUCAAUUGACGAGGUGCAAGGGGAUUUGAAGUCAUAAGUAAUAAGUACAAUUUAUUCGCUGAUCUUUUUUUACAUUUUUUAUUUGCGUUUUAGAUUUUUUUUUUUGAUUAGGUACAAAUGUAUAAAUGAUUUCAAUCGUAAUGAUAAAAUAUUCAAAAUUAUUACUGUAUCUUAAAAAUGGCUUUAAAAUCAUACGAAAUGAAUUUUGCUCUUAUUUGUAAUCGUUUUUUUUUUUCAUACAUUCCAAAAUUUACUAUUACGUUAUUAAGGUUCGAUUUAUCUCGUAUUUCUAAAACAAAUGUACUCUAUUCGAUAUUAAUUUUAUUGUAGCAAAUAGCGUGUAAUUAUUAUGUGUGUGGUGUCUAUUUUCUUGUUUUAUCUCUUUUCUUUUUGUACAUAAUAUUGUACAAGGUAAUAUUACCUAUUUAUGUUUUAAUGACGAUGAUUUUUUUUUCUCUUCAUGAUAACGUUUAAUGAGUUUCAUCUUGUUAGCGAAUUUUUUUCAAAGCCAGUUUGUUACUCGUCGGAAUUUUUUUUACAAAUAUUGACGCAUGGUGAAUUGAUACCCCGUCGAGGUUUAUUCUUGAUAUCAUAAUAUUACUUCUGAAUACAUACUUAUUAUCUAUUAUUUAUGAUUAAUUUUAUAGCGAACUCGUUCCGACGAGAAUGUACAAAAUGGCUUGCCACGUUGAAAUGCAAUAUUGUAUAUACAAGUAUUUUUUUUUUUUUUUUAGACAUUUUAGUUACUGAUUUUUUUUUUGUACUUUAUUAUUUUAAAUUAUUCGAUUUUUAUUGUUGAUUUUAUUUUUAUUUUUUAUUAUCGGAGUAUAAUGUUGUUGCGAGAUCGACAUCGAAUAUAUUUUUUUUUUCGAGUGGGGAGAUUUUAAUCAAAAUUAGUUUUUCAGAGUAAUUUUGUACGUAUAACUUUUUCGUAUUGUAUAUAAAUGAAAAAAAAAGACAUACUGCAGCUUUUAAAAUUUUUUUUAUAUGUUUGCAUUUUAUUUUAAUGUUUUGCAUUUAAUAUAUUGUAUAUUUUAAUACUAUAUAAGAUAUCUUUUGAUUCUUUUUGAACUUUUUAUUAUUUUUCUUGCCUUUAUAGUGUGCUAAAGCUAAUUUGAGAUUAACUCGUUAAACUGUGAUGUAUUUAGUAUAAUGUAUGAUAUAGUUAAUGACUUGUAUAAAAGUUCUAACAUUCUGUAAUAAAUUAGAAAUCAAAUAAAUUUUAUACUAUUUCAGCGGUU